GCAAAUUGACACUCAGUUAGGGGACCUUUAAUCGAUAAGAGGUGAACCAACCAUCCCUUGCGGAGCGGAAGGAUGAUUAGGUGACUUGAGAAGAGUAAGAGUCGAUUCUUGGUCUUUUGGUGGUGACAAGAUUCAUGGAAAAGAACGACAACCCAGAUGAGGUUUUCAGUGUAGCUGUCAAUGGUUUAUCAUGUCCUCUUCUUGCUGCGGAAUGGAACAAGAAAAGGAAGUUGGAGGAUCUGGAAUUGGCUGUGCCAUUGCCAAAACUCAAAUGCUUAGUUCAAUCCUCUGACAGAUGCAAAAAUGAACGUUGGAACUAUGGACCAGAAAGCGUUGAAUCCGUGGUUGGCAUUCACAAAAAUAACCUUAUGCCCAAAACAAAGGGUUAUAGUCCAAAAGUCGUUUCAUGCAAUUAUACAUCAUCUUCAUGGACUGCAGGGGGAUGUUCCAAAGCGGUGGUAAGACCAGAAGACACAGGGUCCUGCAGUGGAAGCAACAGUUUUAUGGGGGAGUACGAGGCCACCAUAUCUUUCGACAUACAAGGUGAAGCUGAGGAGACAACUACCUGCCCUGAAAACUGCAGCAGAAGCACUUUCAGGAGCACUGCACAUUCACCGGCUUGCAGAACCAUGAAGAGGAAAACAGGAGAAAUAGCAUCUUCAAGUAAAGAACCAAAGGCCGAACCGAAAAGAUUGAAUUCUGGGGACAUCCUUGAUACACAAAUAAUCACUGAAAAUUUGGAAGAGUCCUCGAAAUACCAGUCUGAAUUUCCAUAUACAGAAGAUGAUAAUCUGUUAGGGUUGGAUAUAAACUAUGCAGAUUUAGUUGCCCUUGCAGAAUCCCACAAUGCAGUUGAUGAUGCCUUUCUGCAUAUUGAUGAUCCAUUUUCCCCUUUCUAUCUACUCCAGGGUGGAGGGUGGAAUGCCGACAAAGACAGUCAACAAUCCGAGAGGAAACCAACUAUUGAUCAAGAGUUUGAGCAGUACUUUUCUUCACUGAUGCUUUAGGAUGGCCUUCUUGUAUAUGUUUUGUUAUGUUAAAGAGCCCAUGUAGUAUAUGUCACCGCAAUAUGACAUGACUGGCUUUGAUUAUUUUGGGAAUAUAAGUUGACAAAUAACACAUGUAAACUCAGAAAUGUGUAAUUUCAUAUUUAACUUGAUAAUGUGCGAAACCAGUAUCAUUGGGUACA